AUGGUAGCAGAUCCUGCAUCGAGUAAUCUCUUCUACCCCCGGGGUGGGUGCCAGUCUUCAUCUGCAAGCACUACUAUCUCAAGCUCUGCAUCUCCAACCCCUAGUGCAUUGUCAAGACUGGCUAAGUUCCCUUGCGACGAAUUGGCCUUCGAAACGCAAUCCCAAACACUAUACGCAAUCAAUCUGACCACCGGAUUCUAUUAUCGAAUCGGUCCUGCAACUCUUUUCCUCGAUACAGUCAACGCUUUGGCAUACCAUCCCCAGGAGAACUAUCUUUACGCAAUCGCACAGAGGAACAGUGCUUACGGAUAUAUCGUUCGAAUCGGCGCUGGUGGCACAUAUGAAACAGUGCCUAACGGUAUUAUUGAACAAACAGGCUUCAACCCUCCCGUUUCUAUAAAUGUUGGCGAGAUGGACCUCAAUUAUAACUACUGGCUUGCGCAAAACAAUGGCAAGAGUUGGGUACAAGUCGAUUUGAACAGUUCGAGCUCAACAUACGGCAGAGUAAUCAAUAACGGUACAACUAAUAUGGCUGUACUAAAUUCCCAAUCAACAAACUACGUCGUGGCCGAUUGGGCUUAUCUACCUGCCUGGGCAGCCAACAAACUGUAUAGCUUGGGAAAGCAGGACAAAGGUGGUGGUACAGGGUAUAACACACACCUGCUUCAGUGGGAUAUGACAACAAAAAAUUUCACACAACUCGUAACCUAUCCAGAUUUUGCUGGAGGAGGCAACGGUACUGCUUCUUGGGGUGCGAUGUACUCAACCAACGACGGCUUCCUGUAUGCCACAGAGAACACCUCGGGUCGAAUCUACAAAUUCGACAUCUCAAAUCCGAACGCGAGCGGCUACACCUUCGUUUCUCAGGGACCAGCAGGGUCUGCUAACGAUGGCGCCAGAUGCCAAAACGGGCCCCCGCCUGCGUCGAGCAAGAAAAAGAGGACGGGUGGGCUGGAGUCUGGACAUCGACGAGAUACUGCUGUAUAA